AUGCGUUCAAAAACAAUUUCUAAAAAUUUUUCUAAAAAAAAACAUCAAACCACCAAUACAUCAACAAUUGAAAGUCAACAUGUCGAUGACAUUUUAAAUGAAGAGUGUGUUACACUUACAACUCGACAGCAAAAGACUCAGUCGUCAUCGUCGUCAUCCUCGUAUCCCAAAAAGAAAGCAGCCGUUACAACAAAUAGUGAUGAAACAUUCGACCAAGAAGAAUCUACUGAUCGAACACAAAAUGCAACAGAUGCUUUACCUGUUAAAUCAGAAGUAUGGCAUUAUGCCACCAAGUUACAAAAUGGUAAAGCUAAAUGCAACAAUUGCAAUCGUGAGAUUGGAUGCAAAGACCACUCUACAAGUGGUCUUCGUCGACAUUUACAUCAUUGCUUGAAAAUAUCAAAAUUUGCAUCAAUCGGUAGUGGUGUUUUCAAAAAAUCACUUAAUAGUAAUAUGAAAAAAAAAUUACAUGAAUUGGUUUACAAAUGUAUUAUUGAAGAUGGUCGUAGUUUUGGUGACUUAAGGAAGCCUGGAAUGACUCGUCUUCUUGAAGAAAUUGUUCCAGGUUAUAAACCACCUACUCGUCGAACGUUGCAACGUCAACUAAAAAGACUUAAUAGUAAUCAUACACAACUACUUUUAACUGAAUUGAAAAAUGUUGAUACAUUAGCUGUUACUACAGAUUUAUGGUCCGAUAAAAAGUUAAAUUCUUAUAUGUGUUUAACAGGACAUUUUAUAAAUUCUGAUACAAAAUUAGCUUCAAAAAUUUUAUCUUUUACGGUUUUUCCUGAACGCCACACUGGCGAUCAAAUUUCUUAUACAAUUAAAAAGGAACUUAAACGAUUACAGGUUUAUGAAAAAACAAAUGCUAUCACCUGUGACGGUGCAUCCAACAUGCGAAAAUCAUUUACAACACUUAAACCAAAGAGAUUACAAUGCGUAGGCCACAAACUGCACCUGAUAGUGUGUAAUGCACUUUGCCUCUGGGUGAAAGAACGACAAAUGGAUGAAGCAUCAAUUAUUGUUGAUCUCGAAGCUACUGAUGAAAAUUUUGAUGAUAUUAAAGUUACCACUAAUAAUUCAAAUAAUUCACGUGGUGAGUAACUGCUGAAAUUUGAACUUAAUCGUGACGAAUGGGACAUAUUGGAAUCUGUUGAAGAAGUUUUACGACCAUUCUUUAAAGCAACAGAAUUAAUUAGUGGAAAAAAAUAUAGCACAAUUGGACUCGGAUAUUUCGCUAUCACCAGUCUUAAAGAACAACUUGAAGAACGAACUGGUAAUUAUGUAAUUGAUCAACUUAAAGAUUUGUUACUUAAUCAAUUUAUAAAUUACUUUGACAAUGAUUUUGAUCAAUAUGAGUUAUUGAAGCGUCAUGCAUUUUAUGAUCCACUUGGUUUUUGUUCAUUGGAUCGUACUGAUCGAACUAAAAUUGAACGUGAGAUCAAAACAUUAUAUUCAGAACAUAUGACAUCGUCGACAAAUUCUAAUUUACUUGAUUUUGGCUUUACAACAACAGCUGAUCACCAGCCGAAGUCUAAUUUAUUGCAAAGUUUUUUGUCAUCAGUAGGUAAACGUCAAUCACGUAUCAUCAAAGAAAAUAAAAAUGUAUCAAUUAGCGAUGAACUAUCAAUAUAUCGUUCGUUAGCCAUGCGAGAAUGUAAUGAAAUUAUUGAACAUGGCAAAGACAACGAUCCAUUUUUUUUCUGGAAACAACACAAUCAACAACUUAAAUUUUUAUCAAAUUUAGCUCUGAAGCACCUUAUCGUUCCAUGCACAUCUGUACCAUCUGAAUCUACAUUCAGUUUAGCUUCGUAUCUUAGUAGAAAAGAAAGAAAUCGAUUAACUCCUGAAAAUCUGUGUACAUUAGUAUUUCUAAAAGAUAAAAUUAUCAAUGAUAUGUAA